AUGGACUUUGGCGGCGGCGCAUCGACUCCGCGCUCAAGGCGGAGCGUCCUCUUCCAAUCGGGAACGAGACCGUCCGGGGAAGACUACUCGGCCGGCGAAGAUCUCGAGACUCCCACUGCGAACAAACGACCUAGCUUCUUCCAACGGCUUAAGAAUUUUGGUGGAUCUACUACUCACGGCAGGUCGCAAUCGGGUUGGACGGUCGAUAGUGUCGGUGAUGCCGACAGUCCUUUCACGCCCGACACCCCUCGCCCACCGUACGCUGCCAGUGAUGGUGGAUACCUGGACGACGGCGCGGACUCGGAGGGUCUGCCAAAUCGCCGAAGGUCGUUCAGUCCCGAUGCGAGAAGCGGCGCGAUGAGCGCUCCAACCACGCCGAGACUUGGCGGGGGCAGGAUGCGACGGCGUGCAACGCUUACCGGCGACGAUGGGAACGAUACCGAUCGGUCGAGGAGGUACAACUUUUCUCGUCGGUCAUCGUUUAGGAACAGGGUCACGAAGCGCCGGUCUACGGACGGAGAGAGGCCAUCGUACAUGCCCACUUACAGGGACUCUGCAGCGAAGUGGAAGGCUCUCAAGGCUGGGAUUCGCAUGAUUGGAAGGAAACAGAAGGAGGAAUCCAAGAUCGACAAGCAGAAAUCGGCCGAGCUGGUGGCGGAGCUUUCGGCUGCUACUCCUGCCGCUGUAAUUCUCGCGAGUAUGUUUCAGCGGGACGAACACGGGCACCGAAGGAUUCCCAUAUUGCUCGAGCAGCUCAAGGUGCAGAUCACGGACUCAACUCAUUCCCAGAAGGGUGCUGGGCGAGCGCAAACUACAUUCCGAUUGGAGCUGGAAUAUGGCAGCGGCUUGACGAGGAUGAAGUGGGUCAUCCAUAGAGAGUUUCGCGACUUCUUCAACUUGCACUCCCGGUACCGGUUGGCAGAUGUUAGUAGCACAACAUUCACCGGUGGAGGAGAGGGCCACAAACUACCGAAAUUCCCGAGGAGCACUAUCCCCUACCUCAGGGGUGUCAGAGGCUUGGGAAGCGACGAUGAAUCCGGGGAGGAGGGCAUUAGUGGCAUUGGUGGCAUAUCGAGAACACAAACGGAUGCGACUAUCCAGGGACCCGCUGAUCAGGGGACCGGGAAAAAGAAGCGGCCACCCGCGAGGAGGAUGUCCACUACGGUCGACGACAUCGAGCACGCGAUGUCCGCCGGUAUCGCUGCAGGUAUUGCUGCCGCCACCGCGGCUGCGGGUCCUGUCGUCCAGCAGGCCAUGCAGAAGCGGGAGGGUUUCAACAUGCAGCAGAGACGACAGCUGGAGGAUUAUAUUAGACGUCUCAUCCAGCAGAUGAUUUUCCGGCCCGACUCGAACCGGCUCUGCAAGUUCUUGGAACUGUCGGCGCUCGGUGUUAGGCUUGCUGCGGAAGGAUCCUAUCAUGGAAAGGAGGGAUACCUGAUCAUUCGGUCGGCGAAAGGUAGUGACUUCAAACGGCCGUGGAAUCCUUCGCAGGUAGCCAGGCGCCAUGCACCAAAGUGGUUCUUGGUCCGGCAUUCCUACAUCGUUUGCGUCGAUUCGCCAGAAGAAAUGAAUAUCUAUGAUGUGUUUCUUGUAGAUUCUGCCUUUUCGGUGGACACUAAGCGGAUCCUUAAGAUGCUCAAAGACGAGCCUGUAUCUGCAACUAACCCUGCCAGACCGCAGCACCACCGUCUGACCGUGCAGAACCACGAGCGGAGAGUAAAGCUACUUGCUAAGAAUGAGCGGCAGCUCCAGCAGUUCCAGCAGAGCAUGGAUUUUAUGAAGGAGAACACUCUAUGGUCACGACCGCAAAGAUUCGAGAGUUUUGCACCUGUGCGGAAAGGUGUCUUUGCACAGUGGCUGGUGGAUGGCAGAGAUUACUUUUGGAAUGUUAGCAGAGCCAUCAGUAUGGCCAAAGACGUGAUUUAUAUUCACGAUUGGUGGCUUUCCCCCGAGCUGUAUUUGAGGCGACCGGCAGCGGUAUCUCAGAAAUGGCGACUGGACCGACUCUUGCAGAAGAAGGCUCAGGAGGGAGUCAAAAUCUUUGUGAUAGUCUACCGGAAUAUCGGCGCGGCCAUCCCUAUCGACUCGGUCUAUACCAAAUACUCGCUGCUGGAUCUGCACCCCAACAUCUACGUCCAGCGAUCACCCAACCAGAUCAGGCAGAACACCUUUUUCUGGGCCCAUCACGAGAAGAUUCUGGUUGUGGAUCACAUGAUCGCAUUCGUCGGUGGUAUCGAUCUAUGUUUUGGCCGUUGGGAUACACCGCAGCAUUCAGUGAUGGACAAUAGGCCCAGUGGAUUCGAAGAGGGAAGCGCCAACGCCGAUCCAGACAGCUUCCAGCUAUGGCCCGGAAAGGACUACUCGAACCCUCGUGUGCAGGAUUUCUUCAAUCUGGACAAACCCUACGAAGACAUGUAUGACCGCAACCUGGUCCCCAGAAUGCCGUGGCACGAUAUCCAUAUGCAGAUUGUCGGACAGCCGGCUAGGGACCUGACUCGGCACUUUGUGCAGCGGUGGAACUAUCUGCUGCGACAGAGAACACCGUCGAGACCGACGCCGCUCUUGCUGCCACCUCCGGAUUUUACGGAAGGGGAACUCGAGAGCCUGGGAAUCGAUGGAAGUUGUGAGAUUCAGAUUCUACGAUCAGCUUGCUCUUGGUCACUCGGCACUCCAAAUCUCACGGAGAAGAGUAUCCAGAACGCAUAUCUCAAGGCUAUCGAGAUGUCGGAGCAUCUGGUGUACAUCGAGAACCAGUUCUUCAUCACGUCCACGGAGAUUGAGGGUACCAGGAUUGAGAACCAGAUCGGUGAUGCCUUGGUCGAGAGGAUUAUCCGCGCAGCAAAGAAUGACGAGGAUUGGAGGGCCAUCAUCCUGCUUCCGCUGAUGCCUGGAUUCCAGAACGCCGUCGACGCACAGGAUGGUAGCAGUGUGCGACUCAUCAUGCACUGCCAGUUCCGCAGUAUUUCGCAAGGCGAGAAUUCGAUAUUUGGACGGCUCAGAGCGGUCAACAUCGAGCCAAGCGACUACAUUGAGUUUUUCAGUCUGCGCAACUGGGGCAAGUUGGGCAAACCGGGAAGCGAAAAGCUGGUCACUGAACAGUUGUACAUCCACGCCAAGUGCAUGGUCGUUGACGACAGGAUCGCGAUUAUCGGCUCGGCCAACAUCAAUGAGCGGUCUAUGCGCGGCGACAGAGACUCGGAAGUCGCGGCUAUCGUGAGAGAUACGGAUACGAUCAUGAGUACCAUGGGCGGCAAGCCUUUCCGCGUUGGACGUUUCCCACACACUCUUCGUGUCCGGUUGAUGCGCGAGCAUCUUGGUAUGGACGUCGACGAAAUCAUGCAGGAGGAGCGCGAAGCGGCAAUGGAAAACGGCGAGCACGAGGACGAUGAGUGGGACGACCAAGUGGAACGGUGGCAGAAUGAGUCGGUAGAGGACAUGGUCAACGAUCAGCGCCAGAGCAUGGCCGAUCAGAGGCACAGCAUGGUGUCUGAGAGGCGAUACAAGAUCGAUGAGGAGGCCAUCCAGCGCAUGGAGAACUUAAGGAGCUUCAACCACGAUGUCGACUGGGAACAGGAGAACAACCCGAACUUGAAGAAGACGAGGAAGAAGGAAUCGGUGGACCCGCGUGUGUCGAAUAAUACCCAGCAUCAGAACGAUGUGCGGGGUUUUGGGCCUGAUCAUAUGGUGCAGAGGGAAUGUGAACGCGCAAGCAUGAGCAUUGAUCGAUCUACUCUGGCCAGUCCGAAGCAGUCGGAGAGGAGGCGGAGAGGCACCCUUGGAAGCAGAGGUCAUGAUGGCGCAACGCUUGGGAGUCCUACUAGCCACAGCUACAGCCACCACCAACGAUCGCGUUCCUCCAGUCACGUAUCGCAAAUCACCGGAGAGCCGCCCCUCCCUCCGUUUCCAUUCGAGCGUACAACUUCUGCAGCGCUCGGUCUUCCGCAAUUGUCCAGUCUUCCCCCUCUGCCGAAUACUAAUGACAUCGACAUCGGAGGACCGUUUGCGACGCAGGAGCCGGAUAAAGGCAAUUCGUCGAUGCCCAUAGCGGCUCCCCCGGUGCUGCCAGCAGACUUCGCGUGCCCUGAAGUUAGGCCAGAUAUGUUUACGGAUCCCCUCAACGAGGCGUUCUAUCUGGAUGUGUGGAGCAAGGUUGCCAUGAACAACACCGAGAUCUACCGUCAAGUCUUCCGAUGCCAGCCCGACAACGACGUCAAGACGUGGGCGAGCUACAAGGAGGCGAUGGAUUACGGCGAGAGAUUCUCACAGAAGCAAGACCUGCGCAAUAGGGAGCGCAUGGCGGCCACAGCCAAGAACGGCACGCAGAACGAGAACGAGAAGCCUGGAAGCUCGGGGGACGCUACCAAAGAGGCUACCAACGUCCGACUGAACCUCCCCGACGGCGAUGCCGAAAAGACCGGCUUCGGCACGCCAUUGGACACGAUUAAUACCCGGACCAGAGGCAACAGCCACGCAUCCAACCACAGCCGGCUGAACACCGCGACCACGGCGAACUCGGGCCACACCAACCAGCCAACCGGCAGUCGCGGGAGCAACGGCAGCGGCGAGAAGCAGGGCGGCGGCAGCGGCGACCCAAAUCUCCUGCAGAGCACCGUCGGCAGCGUCAGCUACGCGGGCAACACCAACGCCAACGCCAACGUCACGGCCGCCAACCCGAACGGGCUGGGACAUGCCAACACCACGAAGCGCAGACGCAGGGGCACCACCAGGAGUAGUAAGACUACUAAUGCCAUGGAACCGGAGAUCGCCGAGAACUUGAUGGGCAUGAUCCAAGGCCACCUCGUCAUGUUCCCGUAUGACUUCCUCGUAAAGGAACAGGAGACCGGCAAUUGGUUGUAUAGCAUCGAUCAGUUGGCGCCGAUCGAGAUCUAG